AUGGAGAACGAUCAAAUAUUUGGUAUAUUGUUUAAUCCAAUGGAGAUGUCCCAUACGACUUCAUUCCAUGAACUACCGUUAUUUCAAGAAGUGGAAGAAAACAUAAGGAAGGGCAGUAAUAGUAAUAGUAAUAAUGGGAGAAGUAUACGACCUAUUAUUGGAUGGCAGGAUCAGAAGAGUGGGAAGAAUAAGAAGAGGUUUCGUCGGGGAGAGGAUAAUUUUUAUUAUCCUAGUUUGGAUUCGUAUAAUGUUUUCAAUGUGAAGCCAUAUUAUUGUCGAGGUGGUCAAAUGGACCCGUUCCGUAUGCGAUUAGAUCAACAGAGACAUGCGUUUAAGGGUAUUAGACAUUUGGGUGAGAAUUUCUUUCGACCCAUUGGUGUUUAUAAGACUGUGAAUGAGAUGAAGUUGGAUCAAGAGAGGAAAAGUGCAAGUUCUCAUCAUGAUACGAAUAAUAUUAGUUCGACGAGUGUAACGAACCCGUUAGUGGCGUUGAGUAUUAUGAGUGCUGGCACGGGGAAUGGUGCGACGCAGGAUACGGGUUCGUAUGAUAUUAAUAUUGAGAACGAGAACGAGAACGAGAAUGAGAACGAAAAUGGAGGAUCUGUGAGUGAGAAUAUGCUUAUACUUGAUGGUAUUGUCGAGGGCAAUGAAGAAAGUGAAGAAGAAGAAGAACAAGAGGAGGAUUACGAUGAAGAUGCGGAAGAUUGUAUCGUGGUUGAUCCUAUGGGACGUCUCGAUACGGGAGAGUAG